GCUGCAUCGCUCGAUAACAAUGACCGAUAGGGCUCCAGCUUCGGAUUUUGGCUUCGCGUUCCCAGCGUGUGAAUAUUGCGGGCAUGAUGUUUAUCCUGGAGAAGAACAAGACGUGGGUGACGAUAAGCUCUUCUGGCACAAGAACCGUUGCUUCAGGUGCUACGGGUGCCACAGGGAGUUCUUCAAAGAUCGUCGCUGCAAUCUGCUGCCUUGUAUCGCUCUCUGCGACGAUUGCUUCCCGCGACGCGAAUUCCUUUUGGACGAUUGGAGAAAUCUCAACAACCUUAGCACUAAACAACGUCGAGUCAUUUUCUUGUCGCCCGUGGUCAAGCCGAAGAAUACGAGGAAGCCUCCGAGUGAAUCCCCAGUGAAGAGAGUCAGAACGCCGGGAUCCGGACUUCGAACGUCCGGGAGUGUAGACCCCACCAUUCGAGCGUCCGAAUCCUCAAGCUCUGCGAAGACCUCCGAUACCGCUCGAAAGUCGAUGAACACAGAACUUCAGAAGACCGGUGGUCCUCCGCAACCUGAAAGACCCAGCAUAUCGGAGCUAGCAGCUGGGUCUGGCACUGGAGCUCCUGAAGAAAGUCCCGUGAUUGCAGUGGAAAAAUCCCAUGACGAUGUUGCCCCCCAGAGUUCAGAGAAAGGUAUCGAGGAACAGAUUGCGGAGGCCAUGGGGAUCACCUUGCCGACGGCUGACAUCGGCCCGCCUCGAGAGCCAGUGCAGUCACCGUUCGAAGCUCCGGAACACGCCGCCAGUCGUGUUGAGAAAACCAAUCGAGUCGAGAAAAUAGUCGUUGAUAAGGAAUUUCUGGUUUUUGGUUUGAAUGAGUGGGAAGAGGUCGUACCAAAUAACAUGACCGAGAGCGAGUACCUUAAGCUGAACGAAGGAUACAAUGAAGAUCAGAAUCCUCGGUCAGUGUCUGCACUCGCCCUUCGAGUCAAGGACGAGAGGUUCCCCAACAAUGGUGAUUUGCGACGUCCCGAAGUACUACGACGAUCGAGUAGUUGUCCGAAGCUUGACCCUGGCCCCGAUGUUCCCGAGACCCACAACCUCUCUGCAGACAAGUCGAACGACUCGAUGCAUUCGGUUAGCUUGGUGGAGUUCCGCACGAGUUCCGACGAGAAGGAGGAAAUCGACCAAGCCCGUCAGGCGGAUACUUGCGCGUCCCCGCUAUCCAUACCUCAGUCCUCGACGCCGAUCCUCCGCAGCUCUCAAGCAUACAUCUGCGAUGACCGCCCGCCAUCCAGUUUCUGUGAUGAGAAGCUGUGGAGACAGAGUUGUCGCUCAUCGUCGAGAACAAUCUCUCCUCAAGAUACUUCACUCGAGAGAGAAGAUGGAGCCAAAGAAAGAUCGUUUCAGGAGCUUCGAGCCCUCUUCCUGACGAAUGAAAUGAGGGAAAAACCACGGAUCCCUGCAGCCUCUGUGGAAACCCAGUCUGGACAUCAGAACGCUUCUCGUGCCUGAAACGAGUGUACCAUCGACGCUGUUUCCGCUGUGCCAGGUGUGGCGCCCGACUAAAUGCAAGAACAUUCCAUGACGACGGUGAACUGCCCUACUGUAGAGCAUGCUUCGUCGAUUUAAAAGUUAAGCCGUCAUUGCGCUCCAGGACGAAUUCCAUGUGAGACAAGUCGGGAUUUAAUACGAUAAGCAGGAAAAAAUCAUCCGAGGAGAACAUCAUUUUAUUGAAGAGAAACCGUUGCGAGGUUCCCCUCUACAAGUCCGCCUUUUCAACAAUCGAACUCAUGUCAAUUCUCGGAAGCGGAUCCCAUGACUCCCGAAAGGGGUCUCUCCGAAUAAAAUAUGUAGGUUUUUACGAA